UUCUCUCUUGUCGGAGCGCAGAAACUUCUCGCACGCGCCCUGUCGCGCCACCCCUGGCUGACGCUACUCAAGGGGGCUGAUGUCGCGCAGAUUUGUCCCCGCGUUAUUAUUCCUCGUUCGUUCACCACGAAUGGAGCCCAACCAAGAGAGAGACGCAAGCGCGCGUCCCUAAUCUUAACACGUCCCCAGAGCACGCGACUCCAAUGGAGGUUAACUGGCGGCAGCUCCAGAGCAGCAUCAUCGACGAGGUGAAGAAGUACCCGUGCCUCUACGAUUCCAACUACAUCAGCCGAUGGAAUGCACGUAGACGAGGACCGUAUUGGGAGGCCGUCGCAGAGGCCGUCGACGUAGCAGACCUGACGGACACCGACUGCCGGCGCAUCUGGAAGGGCCUGCGCGACAAGUACGUGCGCGAGAUCCGGCUCGGCUGCGCCCGGAGGCCCGACGGCACGCUCGCCACGGCGCGCUCCCAGUGGCCGCUGCUCGGGCGCCUGGACUUCCUCAGGGACCACAUACGCCACCGGCGGAAAGCCUCCCAAGCGAGGAAGCCUGAUGUCGUCGACUACAACGAAUCGACAUCGAUGGACGUCGUGGCGCCUAUGUUCGCGUGCCCGGACGCAGCCACGGAGGACGUCGGCGCGGAGGGGCGCCUGGGCUCGCCGGUGGACUUCGAGAUAGACGUGUCGCAGGAGCCCAGCUACAACACGGAUUCCGAGGAGGAUGUUGAAGCAGCCGCUCCGUCGCCUCCGGCCCCCGACGACGUCUCCGGCCCGUCUACCGGUGGGCGACAGCGAAGGUGCAAGUCGAUCGCGAAACCGCCUAGGACCUCGCCGGGACUGCGGGACAGCGUUCGGCGGCGCGGCCCUUACGGCCUCAGGAGGAACAUAAGGGGGAAAAGGGGGAGACCGACGGGAACGACUCCGAGAGGCGGGAAAACAGCACUGCUGACCGCCGUCGACUGGUCCCUUCGAAGACGUGCUCGACCCCCGAGUACGGAACGACGCUCGGUGGAAAGGAGCUCCUCCACCGAGGAGGAAGACGUCGCCGACGAGAACGAGCGAAGCAUCAGUGGUGGCUACGUCAAGGAAGAAGAAAAGCGCGACCAAGAGGACGCGAAUGAGGCCGAGGCAGACAUCGAGGCGGCGCUGUGCAGGUUCGUCACGGCGAUCGUCGGCAAGAUGGCGUCGGUGCCUGGCGGCCCGGUCGGCGCGCCGUCCGCCAAGACCGAAAUGCGAGUCGACGCGGGCGACGGCGACACGCUGUUCCUGCUGGGACUGAGGAGCCUGAUGUCGAAGCUGGACGCCGAGAGCAAGUCGCGCGCGCAGGUCGACAUGCUCAGGCUGCUGCAAGAGCGGGUCGCCGACGCGGAAGCUCCUCGACGACCGCACUCUGGCGACGACGACGAAAAGCGAGGAGCAGACGACAUCACCGGUGCCGCAGACGCCGAGCAGCCGUCCUAGACUUUAUACGCCGAAUGCGCUAACGGCGAAAGUUGAAAGGCGAACAAGAGACUAGGACAGAACUUAGUGCCACAGGGGUGGGCAAAUAUUGGAAAUGUCCGAUAACAAUCGAAUAUUACAUAUUAUAGCUAUUCGUAUUCGAAAAGAAACUGUUCGGUAUUUUGGGGCAUUUGGAGCCAACCAAAUAUUUCCUAAUACCGAGUGCUAAAAUCUACCCUGAGUCACCUUGACGUAUAAAUGUACAGAUGGAUGCACAGAUAUAUAGACGUGUCUUUUUUGCCUUUAAA